AUGGCGCAUGUGGUUUAUAUCAUGUUAAGCUUGCUUGCUUUCUUUCUUUCUUUCUUUCUUUCUUUCUUUCUUUCUUUCUCCUUAUAUUCUAUAUACUUUCCUUCUUUCUUUAUAUUACUUCAUAUCAUCUGUCUUCUUUCUUUCUUUCUUUCUGUCUCUUCAUUUGCUCUCUUAUUAUCUGUUUUCUUUCUUUCUUUCUUUCUUUCUUUCUCUUCAUUUGCUCUCUUAUUAUCUGUUUUCUUUCUUUCUUUCUUUUUUUCUUUCUGUCUCUUCAUUUGCUCUCUUAUUAUCUGUUUUCUUUCUUUCUUUCUCUUCAUUUGCUCUCCUAUUAUCUGUUUUCUUUCUUUCUUUCUUUCUCUUCAUUUGCUCUCUUAUUAUCUGUCUUCUUUCUUUCUUUCUUUCUUUCUCUUCAUUUGCUCUCUUAUUAUCUGUUUUCUUUCUUUCUUAUUUUCAUUCUUUCGUUCUUUAUCCACAUUUUCUUUAUCUGAAUUUUCUUACUUAUUUUCUUUCUUUCCUUUUCUUUCUUUCAUUAUCUGGAAUUUCUCUCUCGUUACCUGUCUUUCUUUAUUCUCAUCUUUCUUUCUUUCUUUCUUUUUUCUUUCUUUAUCCGCUUUUUUUCUUCCUUUCUUUAUCCGUAUUUUCUCACUUAUUUUCUUUCUUUCGUUCGUUCUUACUGUUUAUGCAUCUUUUAUCUCUUAUUAUAUUUUUCUUUCUUUCUUUCUUUCUUUACAUUUUCUUUCUUUACAUUUUCUUUCUUUCUUUCUUUCUUAUCCGUAUUUUUUCUCUUUGUUUAAAACGUUUUCUUUAAAUUUAUCCAUAAAGCUUGUUCUAUCUUUUUUUUAUUCAAACCUGACUUAA